UUUAGGAACCCUAACGAGGUACAAUAUAGACGCGACCUUAUUGUUUACAUCCACGAGCGUAUCUCGGCGCGUUCAAUCAGUCAGAAAUAGGAAUCAAGGCAGACGUUAAAUAGCAAAAUUUUUUAUUGUUGGAAAGCAUUUAUAAUUUAGAAACUAAAAGGGAAGACCAUGCGAAAGAGAAAUGCAGCAGUAAAACCGGCCUCAAAAUUUGCUGAACUUCGUGCCUUACGUGAAGCUGGAAAAACUAGAGCGACCGUUUAUGAGGAUAAAGAAGAGGAUGAUUUAUAUGAUAAAGUUUCGGAAGAAGAAUACCUGAAGGUUGUUCGACAGCGUUUGGAUCAAGAUGACUUUGUGGUAGACGAUAACGGCGCUGGUUAUGUUGACAAUGGUUACGAUGAAUGGGACCGAGGUUAUAGUGAUGAUGAGGAAACUGAAGAAACAGGGUCAAAGAAACCAAGAAAAAAAAAAACUAAGCAUGCUUUAGCAGACAACAAUAGUCAGCCUAUAAGUUCAUUCUUUAAAGCCAAGCCUAUUCAGCCAAGUAGUCAUAGUUCAAAGCAUGAAUCUAAUAACGAUGAUGAUUUCAUGGCUCAAAUUUUGGGCUCGGUCGACCAGGAAAUAAGUAGCGCUCCGUCUACUAAAAGUAAACUUUCAAAGGGUAAAGCCGAGGCUCCUAUGGCCGACGCAAAAAAACCGUCUACAAACCUUUUUUCAAACCCGAAUAUUAUACAAACGCCUUCAACAUCUAUAACCGAAAAUGAUUCUGUUCCUUCUUUACCAACUCAACGACCUCAAGCUCCAGAAGCAGAUGCGGAAGUACCGAGUUCUCCAGUUCUAGCUGAUGAUAAAGAAAACUUUAGUGACGAUGUCGAAAUGGAACCAGUGCUUCCUGAAAAGCCAGAAGAUUCGAAUCAAAUGGAAGAAGAGGACCUUUCAGUCCCAGAUGAAAUUACAGCUACUACCCCCUAUAAUCCAAUUAAGGAACCAGUCCUUCCAGCUGUUCCUAAUCUUCCAUCUUCUUUUGCACCGCCCUUGUCAUCCGAGUUGGACACCUCAGCUUUUACAGAGCUUAACUCCCAAUUACGCAAUCUCGAAGUUCCCAAUCCUCCGGCUGUCAACAAAAGCCAUCGUGUUUCUCCUAAUGAUAUCGUUGAAGAUGAUGGAUCUUUAAACUUUUUCUGGUUGGACUAUACAGAAGUUUUUGGUAGUCUCUGUCUUUUUGGAAAGGUUUAUGAUAAGAAGUCCCAAAGCUUCGUUUCUACAUUCCUUAAAAUUGACGGUAUAAUGCGUUCUUUGUUCUUUUUACCUACUGCUUCAAAUGAUCAAUCUUCGUCUUCUUCAGACCAACAGAAAAAAGUAUAUGAUGAAGUUGCUGGAUUUCUAUCUAAAUUAGGUGUGAAGGAAUGGAAAUCGAAAGUUAGCAAAUACAAAUAUGCAUUUGAGUUAGAUGAUGUCCCAAAGGAAGCCGAUUAUUUGGAAGUCCUAUAUUCCUAUAGUUACCCUCAAUUUCCAUCUGAUUUAAAAGGCGCUACAUUUUCUCACGUGUUUGGUACGAAUACAUCGCUGUUCGAACAAUUCGUACUCACUAGAAGAGUCAUGGGGCCUUGUUGGCUAAACAUUCAAAACCCAAACUCUGAUUCUGUACGGAAUGCAAGCUGGUGUCGUGUUGAAGUCAGCUGUCCUUCUGCUCAUGGUAUCUCAGUGACAAACGAGUCAAAACUACCUCAGACGCCUCCUUUGACUGUGAUGAGUCUCGCUUUCCGCACUCUUAUAAAUUCCGCGUCAAACAAACAAGAGAUGGUUAUGAUUAGUGCUAGAGUUUAUGAAAAUGUUCAGAUUGAUCGGGGACUUUCAGCUAACGAUAUGCCAUCUUUUACAUUUACCAUUAUUCGACCUUUAAAACAAAUUUUUCCUAAUGGUUUCGAAAGUCUCGCUCGUAACCACAAACCCCCAAUCUAUUGCGAAAGAUCCGAGAUCUCUUUAUUGAAUUCAUUCUUGAGUAAGGUACAGGAUUUUGAUCCGGAUGUUUAUGUUAGUCAUGACUUUGAAACUAUGUAUUCAGUGCUACUCUCAAGGUUGAAAGACCGUAAGAUUCAUAACUGGCAUAGCAUCGGGCGUCUUCGUCGAGGCGAUUGGCCGCGCUCUUAUAACAGGAGUAGUCUACAAUUUGUGGAAAGGCAGAUAGCAUGUGGAAGAUUAAUCAGUGAUCUUUCAAAUGACUUUGGAAGAUCUAUGAUAAAAGUCCAAUCUUGGAGCUUGUCCGAAAUUGUUCAAAAAGAACUUAACAUAAGAAGACAGGAUAUCAAUCAAGAAAAGGCUUUGCAGUCUUGGACCGAUACGGCUCGUGGAUUGCUCGAUUAUGUUACGCAUUGUGAAAUUGAUACUUAUUUUAUCGCUGCUGUUGGUUUCCAGGUACAGAUGUUGCAACUGUCAAAGAACCUGACUAAUAUCGCCGGUAACUCGUGGGCUAGGACAUUAGCCGGUACUAGAGCUGAAAGAAACGAAUUCAUUCUUUUGCAUGAAUUUAAGAAAAAUGGUUAUAUUGUUCCGGAUAAACAGUAUAAUACCAAACGGAACGUUGAUAUCCUUGAUUUGGAAGAUUCGGAAUUUCAAGAAGAAACGCCUGGAAAGAAAAAAGAUAAGUACAAAGGUGGUUUGGUUUUUGAACCUCAGAAAGGAUUAUAUGAUACUUGUAUAUUAGUUAUGGAUUUUAAUAGUUUGUACCCUAGUAUUAUUCAGGAGUACAAUAUUUGCUUUACUACUGUCCAACGUUCUUCUUCUACUAAAGAUGGCGAAGACCAUAUCCCUAAUGUUCCUACUGCUUCAAGCGAGCAGGGAAUUUUUCCUCGUCUAAUCGCUAACUUGGUUGAUCGUCGUAGACUAAUAAAAGGCCUGUUAAAAGACAAAUCGGCUACACCAACUCAAUUACUACAAUGGGAUAUUCAGCAGCAAGCUCUUAAGCUGACCGCGAAUUCAAUGUAUGGGUGUUUAGGUUACACCAAAUCUCGUUUUUAUGCCCGGCCUCUAGCUGUUUUAAUUACUUAUAAAGGUAGAGAAGCUUUAAUGAAUACUAGAGAACUUGCUGACGCUAUGGGAUUACAAGUUAUUUACGGUGAUACAGAUUCCGUAAUGCUUAAUACAAACGUUACUGAUAAGCAGCAAGCUCUUGUAAUUGGCAAUGAGUUUAAAGAAAAGGUGAAUGAAAGGUACAGGAAAUUAGAGAUCGACAUUGACAAUGUCUAUCAACGUAUGUUACUACAUGCAAAGAAAAAAUAUGCAGCUUUGCAAGUGGACGAUCAAGGAAAUUCUGUGUUAGACGUAAAGGGUCUUGAUAUGAAGCGUCGAGAAUACUGUAUACUCGCGAAAGAAGCUAGCAAAUACUGCUUAGACCAGAUUUUAUCUGGUGAGCGUUCAGAGACAGUUGUCAGUAAUAUACACAAUUACCUUUCUGAAUUUGCUGAUCAAAUGAAAAAUGGGAAAUUUACGGCAAAUAAAUUUAUUAUCUUUAACCGUCUCGGUAAAAAUCCCGAGGAUUAUCCAAAUGGCAAAACGAUGCCAUUCGUGCAGGUAGCUUUGAAGAAAAAAGCAAAAGGAGAAAAUGUACGUGUUGGUGAUGUGAUUCCUUUUAUCAUUACAGGCUCGGACUCGGAGGGCCAUCCUGCCGACCGUGCUUACGGUCCGCAGGAUGUUAUGAAUUCAAAUAACAAUCUGACUGUUGAUUAUAAUUAUUAUCUAACACAUCAAAUUCUCCCUCCAGUCGAGAGAGUUAUAGCUCCGAUAGAAGGUACCAAUCGUGCUCGUUUAGCAGAAUGUUUAGGAUUGGAUCCUAAAAAGUACUACACUUAUGAAGCAUCGGAGUCAUCCGCUUUCGAAAGAUACGAAAGCACUUUGUCGGAUGAUCAAAGAUUUACGAAUGUUUCACCUAUGGUUCUAAGAUGUCCCAGUUGUUUUGCAGUCUCGUUUACAAUGCCUAGUGUUAAAUCAAUCCAAGAAACAUUAUAUGUCAAUACAGUUGAAUGCGACUGCGGUUUUGAGUACCCUACAUUUACAAUCGUUUUACAAUUUACUUCUCAAAUUCGGUAUUUUAUAAAUCUGUAUUAUGAGGGUGUUUUAGUGUGUGACGACUCUUCGUGUGGGAAUCGAACUAGACAAAUGAAUGUUUACGGGAAACGGUGUUGCAAUGGCAAUUGUCGGGGAAGUAUGGCUUUCGAAUACAAUGAUAAGAUGCUUUACAAUCAGAUUAAAUUCAUAUUGAAAGCUGUACAAAAUACGAAUGGCGCAACACGCAACGGUAUUCUGCGAUGCAAUGCUCUGAGCAACGGUUUGUCUAAAUUUAUGAACAAUAAUGCUCGUGAAUUUGUGGAUAUGGCAAGUAUUUUUAAUGCUUAAACCAGUAAUGAAGCUUCAUAAUGUUUUUGUUCUACUAUCAUCGUUUAUUUUCUAUUACCCUCGUUUCAGUCCAUAUGGUGUCUUUUUUUAAUUUACAUUAAUUAUAGAAUAUAGCAGAGAAAUAAACAUAUGUUAUGAAUUUA